AUGAGUACUACUAUUCAACAAACUCAUAACUCAGAAACCAAAACCAUCUCAAACGGUUCACCACCACAAUCAUCAUCACAAUCACAAUCCCAAAAAAUCAAACGCAUUAGAGACACAAGCAAGCAUCCACUCUACCGCGGCGUCCGUAUGCGGAACUGGGGUAAAUGGGUGUCCGAAAUCCGCGAGCCCAAGAAAAAAUCCCGAAUAUGGCUCGGCACAUUCCCAACUCCAGAAAUGGCAGCUAGAGCUCACGACGUCGCUGCUCUCAGCAUCAAAGGAAAUGCUGCCAUUCUCAAUUUCCCCGAGUUAGCAAACUCACUCCCCAGGCCAGCUUCUGUCUCUCCCCGCGACGUUCAAGCCGCUGCUACCAAAGCCGCUCACAUGGAGUUUCCUUCUUCCGCAACGCCCUACGAAUUGAGUGAGAUAAUCGAACUUCCUACUCUCGGAAACAGUGGUGAUUUCGAGAAAGAGUUUGUGUUAAUUGAUUCUAUCGAUGCGUCCUGGAUGUUUCAGCCUCCUUGCUUGCAUACCAUGGAAGAUUUUCUUUGGAGUGAAGUUUACAGUAACUAUGGCUAG